CAGAUUAACACGCUAUGAAAAAACACAAACGCUUUUUAUGGAGUCCAGCGGCUACAAAACUCUUGCUGAAGCUUUGGCUUCAGCACACGAAUAUUGUUGGCGGAGAUUUAAAGAAAAGUCUAAUGCAUCAGACGGUGGCACACAAAAUGCGAAUGUAUGGACCAACUGUACGUGAAAUCAAAACCAAAGCCGACAACAUGACCAAAAAGUUUAAGAAUGAAUUCCUGGACAGUCGGUUUACGGGAAAACCAUCAGCAUGGCCAUAUUUUACUAUUAUGCAACAAAUCUUGAAGGGAUCAAAAGCAGUUAACCUAAGUCUGUGCUUGGCAGAAAAAUUUGAUUUUUCUCCAAUGGAAGACACUGACAGCGACGACUCAACGUACGCAAGGAAACAUAAGGCUAAAGAUAUAUUCGAACAGGAAAUGGAAGCUCCAAAGCAGCUGAAGAGCAACACAGAAGAAAUCAGCGCAGAGCUAUGGAAGCAUCCCAAAUCUGAAGAACGGGAAUUGGAAUCUCCAAUACAACAUGAGAGCAAAUCGGAAGAAAGCUGUACAGAUGAUGAGACGAGUGAAGAUAGCCCAUUAGCAAGGACCUUAGUUAUAGAAGAGCGAAAAUUGGCUAUCCAAAAGGAAAGCCUAAAAGUUAUGAAGACACUUGCAGAUGAAUUGUCCUCCCUCCAUAGAGAAUUUUUGAAAGCAUACAAAUUAAAGUAAACUGAAUUGAUAUUAAGUCUAAAACUAAGCUCUGGUUACACGACUAUUAAUUUUUGUUUGUUAUAUAGUGUAAAUAAACUUUGCU